AUGUAUAAACUUGAUUUGCCUGUUGAUUAUAAAGAGGCUGCAGCCAUAGAGCGCCGCCGUGCCAUGGAAGAGGAGAGAAAAUCCAGAAUUUUCAACGCAAAAGUCCGGCAAAUUGGGGUUGACAAGCAAGCCCUUGAUCAGCAAAUCUUUGAUAGGAAGCAGAUGGAAGAUUAUGAGAGACGAAUACAUGAAGCUUUUGCUGCUGAUGCUCUCAGGAAUGAUAGAAUAGCUUCAAUGCUAGAAAAACGCCAGGAGCACGAUAUUCGUGCAUUGAACCAGGCCAUAGAUGAGUUCCGUGCACUUCAUCAGCAACCUUCUUUGAGGAGAGAAUGGGAUCUGUAUGACCCAGAUGCUCUUAAAAAGGAUAAGCCAGCUAGAGUUCAUGAUGAUGAUCCACGUUGUGGCGUCUCCAGUAUACAAAAGUUUGAGGGAGAAGAUCUUAACAGCAAGGCCCGGAAGAAGUUUCAGAAUGAACAAGCUCGUUUCUGGCAUGAAGCACAAAUGCAAGAGAAGAACCAAGCAAAGCAAAACCAAGAUGAGGCUGACCGUUUGUAUGACUUAAAACAGAAGGAGCUGGACCAAAGGGCUAUAGAACUUCAACAGGCAGAGGAGCAGUGCAAAAAAGCUAUCAACAUGGCAAAUGCAGCCUACAAUGAUGCUUUGAACAAUGAACAGAAAGAACGGGAAAGACUAAAGCGACAGCAGGAAGAAGAUGACAAGAUGACAGAGAUAGCCAACCAUGUGUUUGGUGACCUCUUCACAGAGAACCCAGCUGUCGCUCAAAGUGCCUUUGGUGCUCAUCGUGUGAUCGCGAGCCGAUGGAAGGGCAUGUCUCCACAACAACUAGAGGAGAUCAGAAAGCAGCAAGAGAAACAAAGAGCAGAAAAUGAGAGACUUCGUCAGGAGGAAGAACUUCGCAACCGAGAAUACGAACGUCAGGCUUCAGCCAAUGCCAGAGCAGCUGAACUGGUUGAACGGGAAAUGGCACGCAGGCGUCGUGAAAUUGAGAAAGCUCAAGCAGAUGAAAAUCGCCGCUUAGCCCAAGAGCAGAAAGCACGUAUUGACUUUCUCAAUCGAGAAGUCUAUACAAACCCUCCCACAGCUGCAUACUUUAUGCAGUUUAAUAAAACAACACGAUAA